AUGAGUGAUGAGGAAGACGAUCCAACCAAGGUGUACCCUUGGCAGAAAGGGACGCCAGCGGAAGUGAAGGUGGCCAUUGAGAAGAGGAGACAGCAGCUGCUGGCCUGCGAUCUCGCCUCCAACCCAGAGGCACAACGAGAAUGGAUCGUGCUCCUGCAAGAGCGCAAUGUAUUUGCGGUCACGGAGCUUGAAGAGUCCAAGGAGCAACGCAAGCAAGAGCAAAUGGAGCAGCACAUGCCACCACUCUGCGGGUGGCUGCUGAAACGCAACAGCAAGUUCCCGUUCACGUUCCGGAGAAGAUGGUUCGUGUACGACGACAACGCCGGCCUCCUCCUCUACUACCGCGACACGAGUACAAACAAGAAGCCAAUGGGCUUUCUUGACCUUGGAGAGUUGGACACGAUCCGAAGUGAGGACGCGACUGGGCGCAGGUUCAAGCUCGUCACCCCAUCCCGCGAAUGGCAGCUCAUGGCUGGGGAUGCAGCGGUGGCUACUGCAUGGAUGUCUGAGAUUCGUGAUCGACAGGCAAGCCUGAAGGAGAAGCGUAGCGCGGCGUUCACAUCAGCACCGACAAUCGACUACGAAGAGGAGGAAGACGAUGAGGAUGAGGAGCAAGUUGUUGAAUACGAUGAUGCUGGGCUUCUCUUCCGAACAAGUGACAAGACGACGUUUGAGAUUAUCGAACACAUGGAGGCUGCGUCCUCCACGAACGCGUCCAGAAGCCACGCGUUUGGCUCGGAGGCGGCGACGACUGCGCCAACGCCCGAAGACGACACAUCGGAGACAUCAUCCCAGCACCAACAGCAGCAGCAGCAGCAGCAGGCGAUGGCGGACCACAUGAGCGAGGAGCGAGCAAAGCUCUACCGCGAACUUGCGCUGAGACAGCAGGCCCUCAAGUCUGAGAUGCGCGAUGGCGUGACCGUUGAGGAGCUGUCUGCCCGCCUGGCCUGGAGCCAGACAGAACUCGCGCACACAAGGGCGCUGCUUGAUCUGUCGAAUCAGCGGAUUGCGGGCGCGAUGGAGGCACUGGCCUUCUACAAAGCCAUGCUCGACGGUGCACAGGUCCCGACAGACACGCGCGAGGCAAUCUGGCUCUCCCAACUCGAAAACGCACAGCAGGCGCUGGAUGCAUCAAAUGAAAGAAAUGAUCUUCUGCAACAAGAAAUCGAUGACCUGAAAGCGCAACUUGGACGACGAGAGUGA